AUGGCCCUGCCUACCCCCACCAUCGACCUCCUCCUCAACCUCAUCGACACGCGCCCCCAGUCCAUCUUGACCUCGCUUUCCCAUCACCCUCAGCUCGCCUCUGCCCGCGAUGCGCAUGGCUACUCGCUAGUCCACGCCGCCGCCUCGUACAACCAGCUGCCCGUCCUGCGCGAGCUGAUACAAAAAUAUGCCGUCGACGCCAACAUCCUCGACGAGGAUGGCGAGACCCCUCUGUUUGCAGCCGAGCAAGUCGACGUCGCAAAAUGUCUGAUUGAAGAGCUUGGCGCCGACUGGAAGGUCAGGAACAGCGAGGGCAAGACGGCAGAGGAGAAGAUUGGGGAAGAGGAGGGCGAAGCGCAUGAAGUGUAUCAAUAUCUGAGGAGUCUGCGCACAGGCGACGAACCAACAAGUGCAGGUGCUGUCGAGACAGCGGGCGUGCAUCCUCCCCCACCACUCCCAGACGGCGUGCAGAUCAACAUGGGCACCAUGACAGAAGACGCAGCAGGCGAUGCGCCCGACCCUGAGAUACGACGACGGAUAGAAGAGCUCGCGGCGAGAGACGACUACCAGUCCGACGAGGUGCAGAGGCAGCUGAGGGAGCUGGUGCAGGAAGUCGUCACAGGGAUUGGUGCAGAGCAGGAGGGGAGAAGCGUGAGGAGGAGGGUAGAUUGA